AGGAGGGGGAGCAGGGGCCAAUGGACAAGGCUGUGUCCCCAAGAGGCCCUGAGCAGCAGCAGAGCUUCUGGGCCCUUUGUCAGUGCAGAGCCUGGGGGGCACCCCAGAGGGCUCUGGGCAUGAGAGGGGAGUCGGGGGUGGCCGGCCCUCGUUGCUUUGGGAGCUCUUCGCACAGCUGGCUGGAGCAGCACAAGCCCAGGGAGAAGGACCAAGGUCCAGUUACACCCUUCCCCUCUUCCUUCCCGCCAUGGAUGGUGAUGGGAUCAUCCACGCUGGGAGCAACCUCCAAGCUCAUCUGGGCUGCCACCUUCUUCCCAGGGUGGGGAGACGGGAGACCCCACGGAUUCUCAACACACACCCCUGUCCCAGUCCAUGAAGGAUGGGGAAGGGACUCCACACACCAGAACGCAACUGGAGCUUUUGUGCUGGGUGCUGAUCCAGCACCCCCAUAUUCUGCCCACUGAGGCACAGCGGAGGCCUCCAGCCUCAACAAGGUGGGCCCAGAAUCCCAGCCUCUCUGCUUCCCUGUCGGUGCCCAGGACCACAAUCCCUGCUUGCAGGGACCUCCCAGGGGCAGGAACUCUGCCUUUCCCCACAGCCUCCCUUGGCUUGGCUGGCUUCCCGUGCUGACUGGGGCGGACACGUGAGCCCUGCAUGCUGCUCCCACGGCUUCCUUCCUGGGCCAGGUGCCCGGCACAGCCUCUGCUGUGACCUCGGAACAGGGAUGGAUGUCCACAUUCCUCAGCUCCUGCUCCGGAUGGCUCCAGAGUGCUGAGGGCUCCAGGGAUGUCUGCCUCCGCCUUGGCCACUGAGCCUCCCCAGUGGUUUCUUCCCUUCCCUCUCUGAGUGGUCUGCUGGGCCCUGAUCAUCUCAGCUCUUCAGGGUGUGCCCGAGAGGGAGGCCCCUCCUGUGUCAGGGCCUUCUUUUCUCCAAGUUCUCUGGGACAGCUGCUUUCUCAGCCUCCCUCUCCCGAGCCCCAGGCUCUCCAUGGCUCCAUUUCCCCUCCAUUGUCGAUUUUGGUGGCCGUUCAUGGAGCCAGGGCUGAGGGAGGCCUCAGAGCAGACCCAAUACACGAGCUCCAAACUGUGGCAGAGCCCUGCCUGGCCUGCCUAGCCUUGGGCAGCUUGGCAAAGACUGAAGAGGGCCUGGAGAGAGGCUCGUGGCCGAUGUAAUGAUAAUUUUAGCAUUGUGACUUAAAAUCUAAAUUAAUUGGUCACCAGGGAAAAUCCCAAAUAAUAAAAUACCCAAGUCAGCUGGAAAUUAUGGUGAUUUUAAUUAAUAUAGAGAGAAGGAAUUAAGGAGAAGAGAGAAAGAGAGAGGGAGGGGGGGAGAGAGAGAAAGAGAGACAGAGAGAGAGAGACAGAGACAGAGACAGAGAGACAGAGACAGAGAGAAAAGAAUUAAUUUAAACUGCUCUGGCUCAGGCUGAGCCAGGCAGAAGUUAAAGGCCUUGGCCAAAGGGACCUCCCUGAGCCCAAGGGAAAAGGAAGUCAGUCUUAUUACUCACCAUGAGACCAUCUCAAGGAAUCUGUCUGAGUGAGCUCAUCCAGGCUGAGUUCCAGGAUCGAACUGCCUGUAUCUCCCAAUGUCCGAAUGUGAACUUUUCAUCCUCUUUUAUAGACCUUUCACUCUUGUGUCUCCUCCUCUAAAUUUUCACAUUUACCAAUCACAGCAGACACUUUCUCCAGGACUGCCCAUUCUUUAGUUCUCACCUUCUCUCUUUCUAUUAUACCUUUAGAAAGUUACUUCACACUUCUUUGUUAAGUUCACCUUUUGUGAGUAUUUGACCUUUUUGUGAUUAAUUUACCCUUCAUAGGUACUUAACACCUUUUUGUAUUUGAUCUAAAAAUAGACCUAGCUUAAGUUCUAGCUUCACUAUAAGGUAUGUUAAGUACCUUCAUUGUUCAAUCAGGAGAUUACAACUUUAUCUUCCCCUAAAGUAAUCUAAAUAGGGUGGAGUAAUGUAAGGUACUACAAGAUAUUCCUGAUUCUGUUAAAGAGAGUGUUUUCUUGUUACAAUCAGGAGAUGGCUAAAUCAAAUCUUCUAAAGUACGUCUGAGUAGGGUGGAGUAGUUUUAAAAUUCACACCAAGGAUGGGCCUAUGUGGAGUCAAAAGCAGCUGGGGGCCACUAACUCUUCCUCCUGCUGUGGAAAAAUUAUCAAUAUGUGUGUGCAUGUGCACACUCGUGUGCAUGGAGUACAUGUGUGUGCAUGUGCAAUGUGUGUGUGCGUGCAUGUGUGCACAUCUCUAUGUCUGGCUACAGAGGGACACCUCUCAAAUGUGGGCCCCCAGGCUGGCUAUACUGGGAUCAGGGUGCUUGGUGGGUUCCCGCGUGUGUCAGCCAGAGGGCAUGGUUGGAAGGGAAUAGCCAUGGAGCGCUCCCGUGACUGCUCGCUUUUUCACUUCAUCUCCUGGGAAGGGGCGCGUUACGUGCAGGGAAUGUGCUCAGCAAAGGCACAGGCGAGCGUCUUGCUUGGCUUUCCCCGCUGCUUCCCUGAACCCAGAGGUCCGUGGGGGGACGGUCAGGGGUUGGGACAGCUCUGAAGGUCUCUGGGGAAAUCGGAGCUCACCAGAGGGAUCCCCCUUUUCCCAUCCCAGGGGCCCCCUCAGCCCACAACACCUGCUGCUGCUGCCCUGGGAUGGGCUUUGGGGCACUUCCAAGGAUCAGUGAGGCAGCAGUGGCAGGAGGAAGAGGAGGAAGUGGUUGGCCUUGGCUCUUCCUCCUUCCUCCCUCUCCGCUUCUCUGCAUCCAGAGCUUCUACCCUCCAGCUGUUCUAGUCACGAUACAAGGAUGGCUCCAAGUCUGAAUUCCGACGGGGCUUCUGGAAUCUGUGGAAUCCCACUGGCAGCAAGACCCUGGUCAGGUCCUUUCAUCCUCAGUGGCCUCAGUUUCCUCAUCUACAACCUGGGCAUCAUGGCAGUCCCUUGUCACAGGAUUCUUGGGAGUCUCCAAUGAGAAUCCUUGCAUGAAGCCCUUGGCAGACUCUAGUGUGCCCAAGAGAGGCCAGUGUGGAGGAGCUGUUUGAUGAAGAGAUCUGCAAAGUCCAGGUCACAGGAAGCACAACGGAGAGCUCAUCUCCAGCCCCAUCACCCUCCAUUUCCUCGUCCCUGGCUCCUGGUGCUCCAUGGAUGCCGAGCCUUCCCUGACUCCCGGCUGCCUGGUGAGGUUCACAGCCCAGAAUGCCACGUCCUCUUCUGAGCCCUGGCAGGCAUUGGCCUGGGCACAGCAACACAGAGGUCUUGUGAGUGCUGAGUGGCAGCAUCCUCCCGGGUUCUAGUUCCAUGCAGCGACGGUGGCUGCCAUGGAAAUCGACGGUGGCUGCCAUGGAAAUCGGUGCCUUCCGUUCUUCUGGAAACUCCCUUUCCCUAAAGUGCUUCCCUCCUGGCGGCCGUUCUCUGGGAUGGGAGAAGGCGGCCCGCAGGCGGACUGGCACAACCUCCCCAGGGCAGAAGAGCCCAUCGUUUCCUCAGCGUCCUACAAGCUAGUGAUGGAGAAGCCGCAGGCUGUGAUGACCGUAAGAGGGGCUCGGAGCUCAGGCAGGGCCCAGGGGCCCGGUUUGCUCCCCGUCCUGAGCAGGUGGGCAUGGAGGAAGCGAGAGCCUGCAGACGGGCUCGGACAUUGGGAGGCACUGAUGGGCACUCUGCUCAGGUAGGGGGAGGCUGUGGCAGCGUUAACUGUGGUGUCCUGGGUGGGAGGAGGGGGAAGGGGCAGCUGAGCUUCCUCGGUAACCUCUCUCUGCCUUGGAGGGCGCUCGUUUUCCUCUCUAGAGACGCCGCGUUGCCACACUAAUGACUUCAUCCCGAAUACUUGGCCUCAGAACAGAUGGCACUGCUGGGCACUGCUGCCAGCUGGCUGGUGGACCCCGAAUAAAAGCCUUCACUUCUCCACGCUGGUCCAGCAGACAGUGCCGUGCCGGGGAGAUGGGCUGAGGGGAGAAAUGGGCCAGCCUGUCCACAGAGCCUGACCGGGCUGGGAGAGUGUGGCCCAAGGGUGCUUUUCUGGGCCUGCUUCUGCUCUCUCAGCCAUCCUUCCCUUUCUGGGUAUGCAGGGGCUCUGGCAUCAGGAAGAGGAGGAGGGUGGACUUCCUAGCCUGUGAUGGCUGAGAGGAGCCAGGGAUCCAGGGAGCCCCUUGGAGAUGUGGGACUUCAUCACCGAGCCCAUGGGGGCGACACUGAUGUGGAAGCCCCUGGAGGGAAGGCUGCUGGUUGUCCUUCUGAGCUGACCCUCGCUGAAAGAAUCAGAGUCGAGGUCUCUGGGGGGUGCCCAGGGAGCUCUACACAGACCAGACCAGAUCAGACUGCACAGGACCUGGCACGGGGAGGGGAGGGACGGAGGUCCUGCUGGGGAUCCCACUGGAGGGCCACAAGGACCCUUCUGGCUGGCUCAGGCUGAAGCUGCCAGCAUCUUUCUGUGGGAGAACGGUGCCUGGUGUCCACAAGGCUCAUGGGAAACAAUGCUUGGGAUUUCCCAAGAGGCCAUUCGGAUGACUGCCACGGGGAUCCUUUGGUUUAUGGGAAUGUUUUGUGGCCGCCAAUGUGCCACUGAAUCUGGGGUGGCACCGCCUGUUCCUGGCCUUCUAUCUCCCCUCCCUGGAGGUCUCUGGGUGUCUUUCUGGGUCGGGAGCCGCAUGCAGGUGGCCCACCCACUGGAGGCCCUUGGGGGCUCCAAGAAGCCAUAAGGUGCAGUGACCGCAGCCUGGCACAUCGUCCUGGCAGACGGGCUAGACCAGGGGAGUGUCACCCACGAGCCUCAGAGCCCUCCGUGAGUUGGGGGGUUAUUCCAGGCAGUGAAGGCGCCCCCUGGUGGAAUAGGCGGAUGAGAACAGCUCAGCCCACCAAUGAGACAGACGUGGCUCAAGCCGAAGGGGCAGCUGGGCUCUUCCCAGGCCAGGUCUCCAGUGGCCUUCGAGCUUCCUCAAGUGGCCCGUGAGGGCGAUAUCAGAGAACAACAUGGCGGCCGAGAACACGUGCUAGGGAAAUGCUGAGGGUGCUCCGGAGGAGGCAGAAGAAUGGCGGCGGGGGAAGGUGGGCUCAAACUUUCAACCGAGGCUGCUCAGGAAGAGAGCAGGGUGGGGGCGGGGCAGGGACCCUCGGACCGACACCGUCCCUCGCCCCCAGCCAGCACAGCCCCAGCCGGUCACAAUGCUUGAAGCCGGGGCCGGCGAGGAGCCCUCCUUGGGGACCAGGUUUCUCUCCAGGAGCGAGUCAGUGCAAUGGGCGCCCGACUCAAAACCAAGCCCUCUGCCCAGGGCGGAGGCUUCUCACCUGCAUGGGGGCCCCUGCUGGCCUCCUCCCCUGACUGGAGGCGAGAAUCCCACAGGGAGAGGGAUACCCGCCGGCGGCUGCUGUGGGACCCUGGGCCAGUCACUUCCCUUCUCGGAGGCUCCCGUGGCCGGGUAGGCUCUAGGGAGGAGCCCAGCGCAUGGCUUGGUCCAGCCUGCCCGGAGCGGGUCGGGAGUGCCGGCCCCUGGGAGGGUGUGAUGAUGGUGGCCCCUCAGCUCCCCCUGGCAGAGGGUGAGGGAGACGCCCAGGGCUAGAAAGGGCACCAGGCAGCAGCGGGCAGGAUUCUUGCCAAGGGUGGAGUCUUUGGUCACUCGAAGGCCCUGCCUGGGCCUCCUGGGGCUGUGGCCCGGCAUCCCUGGCGGUUCUCUUGUGGAUGGCCUGGGCUAAAGGCUUGGCGCCUGGCCAGGAGAGGAGGGGUCUGCGUGCCCUGCUGCUGUUGCCUGGGUCUUCCUGGGCAGUGCCCAGGCCCCAGGUGGUGGCCCACUUCAUGCCACUCUGCCAGCUGGAUCCUGGGGGGAGCAGGCUCCUCUGGACAGGCUGGCAGAGGGGCCCCAGGCUUGGAGCCAGGAAGAGGGGGACCCUGGGGAAGCUCCUUCAGGGUUCCCUAUAAAUGUGGCUGAGUGCUCAGGUGCCCCCCCAGGGGAUCUUUGGUGUCUGGGCCCCUUCUGGCCUGGCAUGGGCAGAGCCUUGGUGUGGGCAUGGAUGGGGGGGGCAGAGGGGCAUCCCCCCCUUCCUCCUGGCGUGAGGGGGAGGGGCCCGCCGCGGGGCCGAGAAGGGGCCCCUCCCUGCCCCUCCCCCUAGGUAGGACUGGAGGGGAACUUGAGAGUGAAAGUGAAAGAGAAGGUGCAUCUGUCGAGCAGUGACGGGCCUCCUCCCUCCCGGAGCCCAUGGGCGCUCCAGGUCUGCUCUCCCUGCUCCUCCUCUGCGGGCUGGGGGCUCCCUGCGCAGAAGCUGAGGAGCCCGAGGGGCCCCGCAGGGAGGUCGAUCUCAUCCUGGACUGCUCCCUGGCUGCGGAGGAGGCAGGCCGGCCCUGGGGCGCAGCCUCCAGCGAGUCCACCCUGGUGCUGAAGCGCGUGCCCGUGCCCGAUGACGGCACCCUGGAUGGCUUCACCGACUUCCCGGGGGUCUCGGCGGCCGCGGAGGAGCCGCCCGUCGCGCUGGAGGCCUCCGUGGACCAGGUGCACCUUCCCCGGGCCGAGGUCCUGCUGCACGCGGCCUGCCAGGGCCUGGCGGUGACCUGCGAGCUCUCGCGCCUCCUCCACCAGGCCGCCCCGGACUCGGACUCGGCCUAUUUCAUCGGCAGCAUCCGGGUGGCCGAGGCCCAAUUCGGCGCCUCCCUGGUGAUGAGGGCGCCCCGGGGCGCCGCCGAGGGGGCCCCCCUGCACCCCAGGCUGAAGCUGCCCCUGAGCCCCCGCGGGACCGUCCUGGCCUCCGUGGAGUUCCUGGUGAUGACUCCGGCGCCCUCCGUGCAGGCCUCCCUGAGGUCCUCCGUGGCGCUGCCCUGCCUCUUCUCGCUGGCCCCCGGCUCGGGCCCGGCCCUCGUGGAAUGGAGGCGGCAGCACCGCGGCCAGGGCCAGAGAGUGCUCGAGUGGGCCCCGGGGCAGGGCCAGGGCCGGGCUGUGCGGGAGGGGGCGCGCCUGGAGGCCGGGGACGCAGCCGAGGCCGGCGACGCCUCGCUGACGCUGCCGGGCCUCACGGUGGGGGACGAGGGCGCCUACAUCUGCCAGAUCUCCAGCCCGACGCACCAGGCGCAGCAGAUCCUCCUCCUCAGCGUCCUGGAGCCCCCCAGAGUGCGGCUGAGCCUGGCCAGGGAGGCCGGGGCCCCCGGCCUGCUGUGCAGCAUCUCCGGCUACUACCCGCUCGACGUGGCGGUGAGCUGGAGCCGCCAGGAGCCGGGGGAGCCCGCGAGCCCGGCCUCCGGGGCCUCCUUCUCCAGCCACCGGCAGAGCAGCGCCGGCACCUACAGCCUGUCCUCGGCGAUCCCAGCGGAGCCUGGGCCCCGGGGGGCCACCUACAGGUGCCACGUGACCCACGUCUCCCUGCCUGAGCCUGUCACCCUGGACAUCUGGGUGGCCCCCGCAGGGGCUUGGAAUCUACAACUUUUCGGGUCCUGCCGCCAAGGCCGAUCCACUCAUCCCAUCUUGGCCAGCUCUCUGGAUGUUGUCGUCUACGUUUCUGGAGAGCAGAGGAGGAGCCACCUCACGGUCCUCUAACCAGCUUGGCAAGCCACUGUCUGGUUCCCUUGGCUGCUUUAGGCCAGUGGGCACCUCGUCUUGUUCAGACUCCUUAAAGGCGGACAGGGAUCUCUCUGAUGGCUUAGAACAGGAACCGACACUAAUGGGGGCUCCGAGUCGGUGCAGCGGUCCUGCAUAGCUGCUUCUCCCACUGUGUGCUGACUUGGAACCUUUGAUCUUGACCAGAUGAAACACAAUUGACUCAAUUUCCCCUUUCUUUUCUGCACCUCUGUGCCAUCGGGGCACCAGAUUUUAUGCCACAGACUUUCUAGUGUGCCUGUAAUACUGUGGUUCUGAAUUCAGUUCCUUUAGGGCUGUGAUGGCAAACCUAUGGCACACAUAUCAAAGAUGGCAUAUAGAGACUUCUCUGUGGGCACUUGCUGGACCCUGAACACAGAAGGUGGGGGGGCAUUCUAGCCUCCCCCCACCCUCUCAGGGGCUGCGUGCCAGCUACACUGCCCUGCCCUUCCUGCCCCAAGAAGUGGCAAGCCCAGUGUCACCCUGCCCCUCUGACCCUGAGCAUAGAGCCCCUCAGCCCUGAGUAGCGAGGCUGGCCCUGAGGGCACAGCAGCUCUGCCCAGGGUUGGUAGCCUGGUCCCACUCCCCCAAACGUGAAGGGAGGGUAUGGGGCAGUGGAGCUUGUCCCCAUUCCCCAACAUGGGUGGGUGGGGUAGGGCACAGCACUCCAUCUCUAAAAGGUUUACCAUCACUGCUUUAGGGCAAUGGCCCAAUACUAGAGCUCUUUUAAAGAAAAGUGAGUCUUGGCUGAGGUGGGAGGUCAAGCAUCUCAUAGAUCAUUAAAGUCCAUAAUUAGAUAGGGUGGGCCACGGCAGAGCACCAAGGAACAUGUGGUUGAACCAUGAUUACAGGCAGAGGAUUGCUUCAAAACAGCAUACUUAACUUUAAUGUGCUAUGGGGUGGUCCAGUGUUCCACAGGGGUGGGGUCUUGGAGGUGGGAUGGUGUCAUUGGAAUGAUGGAUGGGACACAGCUUUCUGUUCAACCCGCAGCACAGGUUUCACAGGAUAAACUGCUCCACCUUGGCUGAGGCUUGGCUUUAUUUUAUACCCUCAUGAUCACACAUCUACUGGGCACACAAUUUCAUUCUCAAAAUAAAUGUUUCCAUAGAACCCAACAACCGAUGCGAAGCCUAAGGAGAUAGUCAACAAAACAUUGUUGCUAAGUGUAGGGUCAGAGGGUAGAAUCAACACAACCCAGAUAUAGGUUGGGGAAUUCAGAGCACAGAUUUGCCACAAGUUUUUAUGCCUAGAAAAGAGGGUCCUCUCUACGUGGGUAUAUAAAAAUCCUUAGUUUUAAUUUUGUAAGUGGGCUCUCCUGGUAAUAUUCUGGGGGGGGACAGAGUGGGACAGGGUAUUAACCCUGCAAGCAUGUUGCUCUCAUCUAUUUUUCCUGGGGCUAAAUAAGAAUAAUAAUCAUCGCAGUUCCAAUAAUAAGGGGAUGGUAAUAAGGAAAGUCACUUAGGGGGGUUUAAGUGGGUGUUUCCAUCCUUCCUGGGGGCUGCUUUGCAGUCCUCAAUUUCCAUGUGUGACCAUGUCAAACUGUGGUCUUUGAUGGCUCCCAACAUGAAGGCUGGCAAAAGAGAUGUUGUUGAUGAAACGUGCGCCCAGAUGGUUGUCUGAGCCCAUAACCUGGAGGCUGAUGCAUCAAAAACGUCCCUCUCCUUUGCAUUUUAGGCGGCAAGGUGGCACAGUGGAUGGAGUGCACAAAGCAGUCAGGAAAAGCUGAGUUUCUACCAUCUCAAACACUUACUGGUGGUGUGGACAAACUUCAGCUCCAUGCAAAAGGGCAGAAGAAUAGCAACUGCUUGAGAAAGUUGUUGUGAGAGUUCACAGCAAAUUGACCUGUAAAAUGGGUUUCUUUGCGACCUUAAAGUGUAUGUGAGUUGUCUGUUGUCAUUAUUUCCAGCAAAAGUCCCAGCGAGCCUGGAAGAUCUUGGCUUUCCCCAAAGAUAGUAAAGUCCUGAUUUCCAACCAUAUCCAGGGGAUGGUUUACUCUCGCAGUGGACCUGGAAGUCUUGUCCCUUUGAGAAAAUGGGGACUCCCAGCAGAUGUGUGGAUGUUCAUGCGGAGGAGCUGACUCACUCCAGAAUUGCGGGAGUUCUUGAAUGGAGAUGGAAUCCUGUAACUGGUCUUGCACCGUGAUGCCUCAUGUCAAGGCAGGGUAAGCCAUUUGUUCAAGAGACAGAGGAAGACGUGGCUCCAGUGGCCUGAGAACUUGCCUGAUCUAAAUCCCACUGAAAACCUGGGGGCUCCACAAUGGAGGGAGACCUGGAAAAUGGACUAACUGCCCAUCAAAGAUGGAGAAAAAAGUGUUCUUGAUGAAGAAUGAAAGACAUGGGUAGCCCUGGGGGCCCUUCGUGCCACAUCUAUAAAACGGGACCAUGGCAAGAGGCCAGUACAGUUGAAACCGUGGCUAUGUCUUGUCCUUCGCUUUCUUCCCCAGCCUCAAUUUAUUUAGAACUUUAGUACUCCUGAUACACCUUUAAGUGUCUUACUUACUUACUACACACUGCCCUGUGCCAGGGCCUCUGCUGUCAGCAUGGUGCCACUUUGUGAGAGUAAAUAUGUGUGCGUG